AUUUGAAAGCACUCCUCCCACACUUGCUGGUCUGUUUUCUGUUAAUACCUGUGCUUCCCCUUCUGGCGCCCUCAACCUCUCACAAAAUGGCAUUGAAGCUGCAUCCACACAUGACUGGGUAUCUUUGGUCCUGGGCCUCUUCAAAUCAGGCAAUUUCCACUGGCUGUCAGGGUGAUGCAUGAAAUCCCUAGAGAAGACAGGAAAAGGACCACAGAAGGGAGCCUCCUCAAGUGGGAACCACUGAGAUAAACUCAUUAUCCGUUGGCAGAGAGGGCUUCUCACUCUGUUGCCCAGGCUGGUGUGCAGUAGACAUUCACAGGUGAGAUCAUCAUGCACUGCUGCAUCAAACUCCUGGCCUCAAGUGAUCCUCCUGCCUCAGCCUCCAAAGUAGCUGGGAUUACAGGAGGGAAACUUAUGCACAUGAAGGCUUCCCUUCCUCCAGAGGGAACACUGGAGGCCACUCACCUUCCAGACCACCGAAUUUAACAUCACUCAUGCCAGCUGGAGGAGGCCCCAGAUCCCUUUGGCCAGUAAAGUUUUGGUUGGUGCAGUCUUUGCAAGCCACAUUUGGAACUUUUGAGUCCAUCUUGAGAAGCUCCCAACAUAAACAAGACCUCACAGAGAAAGCUGUGAAGCAAGGGGAGAGUGAGGUCAGCCGGAUCAGUGAAGUGCUGCAGAAACUCCAGAAUGAGAUUCUCAAAGACCUCUCGGAUGGGAUCCAUGUGGUGAAGGACGCCCGGGAGCGGGACUUCACAUCCCUGGAGAACACCGUGGAGGAGCGACUGACGGAGCUCACCAAAUCCAUCAACGACAACAUCGCCAUCUUCACAGAAGUCCAGAAGAGGAGCCAGAAGGAGAUCAACGACGUGAAGGUAAAGGUUGCCUCCCUGGAAGAAUCCGAGGGGCACAAGCAGGAUUUGAAAGCCUUGAAGGAAGCUGUGAAGGAGAUACAGACCUCAGCCAAGUCCAGAGAGUGGGACAUGGAGGCCCUGAGAAGCACCCUUCAGACUAUGGAGUCCGACGUCUACACCGAGGUCCGCGAGCUGGUGAGCCUCAAGCAGGAGCAGCAGGCUUUCAAGGAGGCGGCCGACACGGAGCGGCUCGCCCUGCAGGCCCUCACGGAGAAGCUUCUCAGGUCCGAGGAGUCCGUCUCCCGCCUCCCGGAGGAGAUCCGAAGACUGGAGGAAGAGCUCCGCCAGCUGAAGUCCGAUUCCCACGGGCCGAAGGAAGAUGGAGGCUUCAGACACUCGGAAGCCUUUGAGGCGCUCCAGCAAAAGAGUCAGGGACUGGACUCCAGGCUGCAGCACGUGGAGGACGGGGUGCUCUCCAUGCAGGUGGCUUCUGCGCGCCAGACCGAGAGCCUGGAGUCCCUCCUAUCCAAGAGCCAAGAGCAUGAGCAGCGCCUGGCCGCCCUGCAGGGGCGCCUGGAAGGCCUGGGGUCCUCGGAGGCAGACCAGGAUGGCCUGGCCAGCACGGUGCGGAGCCUGGGUGAGGCCCAGCUGGUGCUCUACGGCGACGUGGAGGAGCUGAAGAGGAGUGUGGGCGAGCUCCCCAGCACCGUGGAAUCACUCCAGAAAGUGCAGGAGCAGGUGCACACGCUGCUCAGUCAGGACCAAGUCCAGGCCGCCCGUCUGCCUCCUCAGGACUUCCUGGACAGACUUUCUUCUUUAGACAACCUGAAAGCCUCAGUCAGCCAAGUGGAGGCAGACUUGAAAAUGCUCAGGACUGCCGUGGACAGUUUGGUUGCAUACUCCGUCAAAAUAGAAAGCAACGAGAACAACCUGGAAUCAGCCAAGGGUUUACUAGAUGACCUGAGGAAUGAUCUGGAUAGGUUGUUCGUGAAAGUGGAGAAGAUUCACGAAAAGGUCUAAAUGAAUUGUGUGUGCAGGGUGCGGAUUUAAAGUCCAAUUUCUCAUGACCAAAAAAUGUGUGGUUUUCUCCCAUGUGUCCCCCACCCCCCAAUUUCUUGUCCCCUCUUGAAGAGCAGUUGUCACCACCUGAACACCAAGGCAUUGUAUUUUCGUGCCCAGUUAAUUUAUUGACAAUGUUUUAAGUUCUCUGCUUCAGAGUUUGGUUAGUUUCCUGAAGCGCAGCCCCUGUGAAUAACAGGUGGCUUUUCAUGGAUGUCUCUAGUCAGAGAAAAAUGAUAAAGGCUUCAAUUGAGGAUUAACAGAAGCAGAUUAACCUCAGAAAUCCUGUCUGGCUGGGAGAUUUCAAGUAAAAAAAAAAAGGUGGUUUUGGGGGACACUUUUAUUUCCAGUUGUCUUUAAGGAAAAUUAAUUUUACUUUUUUUUUUUUUUUUUGUACUUCUGGCCGAAAUUUUUAUGAGAUAUCUCUCACUUGUCUUCCACUUUGAACUGGUUAAAGCUCAUAGCUGUCAGCUCUGAAUGAGGAGGGGAGAAGCCCCUGGGUCUGUCUUUGAAAGGAAUCCGCUACUUGAGGGCCGCCUUCCCCUGUGGUGUGUGGGUCAUUUCUCUUCCUGACACAUCUUAUGAUAUCAGAGGUAACUAUGCAAAGCAUCCAGACGGUUCUGAAUGUGAAGCACUACACCCAGCAGAGUGUCCUCUGUCCCCGCUGCCGUCCCGUGUUCUCUCUCGAGGUCACCAAGGAACACAGGUUUCGGCUCCCAGAAAGGGGAGUCUUUGGGUUCUUUCAAAAAACGCAUUAGGAGAGCUGUCCACAGUGGAAUGGGGGGUCUCCCUGGGGAAUGUAGGCCAGGUCCUUUUAUUUUAACAUGAUGUCCAUGAAGAGGUUUGCUGCCUGGGCAGCCCUGUCUGUCGGCAAGGAGCGUGCAUACUGUGUUUCUGUAAUUGUUUGCUGUAUCUCCCUUCCCUCUGAGCUGUAUUGUUCUUUAAUGGCUGUCUUGCCCUUCCAAAAAAAAUUGAAAAAAAAAAAAAAAAAACCUGAAAAGUACAAAAAAAAAGGUUUUGUUUAGUUUACUGUGAAAUGAACUGUAUGGCUUAUUUACAGUAUUUUUAAUUCUUAAUAAACACUUGAGCUUUGUUAUGA